CUACAGAUAAUGUACAGUUGUCGCCAUCUGGUAAUAAGACGGUCCUGACUGGUACAAACGUAGCGCUCUUUUGUGGAGUGAAGGGAGGUAACCCUCUUGCUACAUUGACUUGGCAGUGUAAAGGAAAGACAUUUCUGGGGGAACAUCUGAAUUCUAACGAUUCUACAUCAUGGUCCAAACUGUCUAUCAGAGUUGAUACAAGCUAUCACAAGAAACAAUGUGUCUGUACCGCCGAGCAUCAGAAUAGACAUUUUGGGACAGCGACCGUCUGGUUUGAUAUCCUCUACGGACCAAACAUCGGACUAAAUCAUUCUAAAGUCGUCCGUGAGGGUAAGAGAUUGACAACAAUAUGUUCUGCUUAUGGUAAUCCGAAACCAACGACAUACUGGUACCAUGACGGCAACUCUCUAGGGACAAAGAAGACCCUUCAGUUUCUAAGUAUAGACCGACAGGACGCGGGGAAUUAUACAUGUAUUGCUUCGGCUACACACGGCGAUGUCUCACUGCGGUCUUCGAAAACGCUCAACAUUAUCGUUCUGUAUGGGCCCGAUGUUGAUCUUUCUAUCACAAAUGCAACAGAAAAUAGAACGAAUCUUCGCCUGAAUUGCACAGCUAAUGGCGUACCUACAAAGUACACGUACAGGAUGGAUACACAAGAUUGGGUCUACUGUCAUCCGAGACUCAUUUGACCACGUGACGAAUUUAGGGUCAAUGAGUACACUGACCAUACCAACAGUGAGUCUCCAGGACAUGGGGAUGUAUAUAUGUGAGGUGGAGAAUGGAAUUCCAGGGAGAAAUGGACAGAUCGUACAGACGGGACAGGGAUUUAUGUCAGUGACAGGUAGUCCUCGAGUGAUCAAUGGACGGGAGAAAUAUGUCACAGAAAAGGACGUCUCUCUUGACAUCAAUGUAACCUUCAUCAGUUUCCCUGAGCCAGUCAACACAUCCAUCCUUCGGACAGACUCCUCUUUGCCUCCCCAGAGUGACCCCACCGUCUCCGUGUCCCCCGUCCCAGUGUCAGUGUCAUUCUAUAACAAGGACGUAAUCGUUGACGGAUACAUGGCGCAGAUACACUUCAACAAGUUUGAGAGAAAAUACCGAGGACAUUACCAGCUGUAUAUCAGGAAUUCAUUUGUUUACUACUACAACUUCAAAAUAGUUAUAUCAGGUAAGCCUGAUUCCCCAUCGAACCUUGUGAUCAGUCAAAUCACAGAAAACAGCGCCGUCAUAUCGUGGAUUCCCGGGGAGGAUAACGGACACAUUCAAACAUUCACAUUAACCUACAGAAAAUCAAGAGGAGAAUUACAGACCAAUUUCAUCACCAGUAAAUCGUCAUUCACUGUUCGAAAUCUUACUAUGUCCACACGUUAUGAUGUUUCAGAGCCUAGCCCGGAAUGA